AUGGGUUGUCAUGUAUCAACAGAAAGUGCAAGAUCACUUAAUAAUAAAAACAAUAUAAGCGAAAAUGUCGAAAAUAUUAAAAAUUCAAAAAUAAAAUCGAAAGGUUGGAAUAUUGUAAUGAAUCGAGUAUUUUGUAAUGGAUUUGGAAUAUUACAAAAAGAAAAUAAUAAUACAACAUUUAUUCAUGAAAUGCUUCGACCUCAUCUUUCCAGUAAUCCAAUUGUGAAUGAUGAGAAUUUUAUUUCAAAUCAACAACAAAUUAAAAAUUGUAGUCGAUCUCCUCAACCUUCUAUUCUUUCUGCAAAUUCUGAUUUUGUCUCCCCUAUUCCAUUGGAGGAACAACAAGAACCUCGUCGACAAUGGAUUUGUGGAACCCAAGUUUCGUUUGAAUGGCUUUUCCAGAGAUUAAUAGAAAAAUUUAAAUGCCCAAAUGAACCAGAACCUCAAUGGAUUGUUGAAAGGCUUAAUGAUACUAAUGAAAAAGAUCUUGACCGUACCUGUGUUUUAAAAAUAACUUUUGGGUGGGAAAAUCAGAAAUUGCCUACAAGUCAAUCAAAGCUUGGUUCUGACCUUUUUAGAAGAGAAUGCCAAGUAUAUGAAUGGCUUUCAAAACACAAGAAAAUUGCAAUCCCUCGCAUUUUUGUAAUUAAAAAAAAAUGGUCAAAAUCAUGUAGUGCUCUUCUUUUAAUGGAAGAUCUUAGCGAUAGGGCAAGGACUGGGAAGAUUACUGAAGGAAUUUCUGCUGAAGGUAGUUUAAAUUCUGAUUUGUAA